GGUCCUCGCCGAUGGCCGGGGCGCAGGACGUGCCGGCGCCAGGUGCGCCAGCGAUGCCGGGCCCGCCGCCGGCCGCGGGGUCCGCCGCCCCAGCCGCACGGCCCUGUGCAGGUGGACCCGCCGCCGGGGAGAGCAAGGGCCAGGGCAAGGGCGACCAGGGGCUGCCGCCGGCCGCCAACGGCGCGCAAGGUGCUGGCAGGAGACCAGGCUGGUGUGCCAAGGUCGUCAUCCAGGCGGACCUGCUGCACCAGGAAUUCCCCACGGUGACGAAGAUCGUCGGCGUGGGCAACGCGAACGUCGACCACAUACGCGGCCAGACGCAGUGCAGCGUGAUCCUGCGGGGGAAGGGCUCCGGGCACGUGGGCCCAGGCCGCGCGGCCCAGGAGUCGUCGGAGCCGAUGUUCCUCUGGCUGUCCAGCGACCUCCCGCAGAACGGCAAGUCGGCGCUAGAGAUGGUGCAGGACCCCUGACAUGGAGGGUUUCUCCGAAGGGCCUAGGCGACCCCUCCUCCUCCCUCCUUUUUCUCCUCCUCCUCCUCCUCCCUCCUCCUCCUCCUCCU